GUAGUAGCAGCAGCAGCAGCGGCGGAAGCACUAGUAGCAGCAGCACUAGCAGUGGUAGCAGCAGCAGCAGCGGCGGCAGCGGCACUAGCAGCACUAGCAGUAGUAGCAGCAGCAGCAGCGGCGGCAGCAGGGACUGGAAGGACUUUACUAACACACACCAGAUGCCAGACAUCUCCCAUGCUGUGUCCUGGGAGACUGGGACCUUGUCCACAGAGAAGGCCAGUCCACCUCAGGACAGCUCAGACAGCACCCUGCGAUUGGAGGACGCCACACCUUUGGUGUCACAGACAGCCGUCAUCACAGACAGCACCUACACCACCAUCAUCAGUCGGGCUGGGGAGAGGACUCUGCUGUCUGUCACCUCCUCCUCAUCCUCUUCCUCCUCAUCGUCCUCUUCCUCCUCCUCCUCCUUCAACAACAACAGCACCUCAUCCGCCUUUACAGACUCCAACCAGCCACCCUCCACCUGGGCUGUUCCACCUAGGUCUGCAGAGACCGAAGCUUACACCAUGUCCACGAGGAGUGAUGGUCGAGAAACAACAGACCGGCACAUGACCGACUCCUCCAAGGGGAUCUUUCCAGAGACCGGUAGCCCGGCCGAGUCCACGGGAACUUUAAGUUUAACUGGGCAACCUAAUGGCACCCGGCACCACCAACAGACGUCAACAUCCGAGGGGACCUCCGACUCGACGCCGCCCCUCAGAGUGACAGAGGCCGACACCGACCGAUCCCAAGUGUCGGCUUCCUCCACACCUCCGUUCACCUCAGCAGUAGGGGCUCCUGCCAACGUCUCAGGGACGGAGACGGGGUCGGACUCCGGCGCCGGAACAUCCACAGAGACCUCGACUGGAGCUCUCAGCACCAGCCCUCAGAACCAAGAGGGCACCGAGGCGCUUUCAUCCCAGACCAGAGCGGAAGAUGUGGACUUGGGUCUGACUGUAGCGCCCUCUACAGUCAGUAGCAGUACAUCGGAAACAAAUGACUCUCUGACAGACAGGCCGGCGUUGGCCACUGAGGUCUUCCUCACAACCACGCCUGUCACUGUUACAGAAAGUCACAGAUUACAUCUAACAGAGGAUGGCAUUGUGAAAGCCACUGCCUUCACCACAGCCACCACCGCCCUUCCUCUGCCCCCAACCUCAUCAUCGAGGCUGAGCAGCACCUCCAGCGCCUCCGCUUCAGCCUCCCCCACCGAGGCCCCCGCCCCGUACGCUGCACCCUCCGCCACGGCCUCGACCCCGGCCUCGCGAACCUCUCCGGCGGACCAAACCCGCCACGUUUCGCCCGGCCAAACCCAGCGGCCCUCGACCUGGAUGGCCACCCCCACGAGUGCCACCACCCUGCAGUCCGAAACGAACACGAGGAGUCGGAGGGUCACCACGGCUCCCAGCCAGCACGCCGCUACCACCUACACCCCCAGCACUCCGACCGGGAGCACAGAGGCCUCGCGCACCACGAGGAAACCGACGCGCAGAGUAACCACAGAGCCGGCGGUGACGACACCACCCGCUGACGUCCCCACCGCCAACGCACCACCACCAGCGAGAGACCCAUGUGUGUCAAACCCUUGCAUGAAUGGAGGGAUGUGUGUGAGCUACAAAGAUCAUCAGUUCACCUGUCAGUGUCAGAAGGCGUGGACGGGGCCGACCUGCAACCAGGAUUUGGAUGAAUGUGAGCGAGACCCAUGCCCACCUGGCUCCAGAUGUGUCAACACUCGAGGCUCCUUUAGCUGUGAAUGUCCGAUCGGCUUUGAUCUUGAGGAUGGACGCACGUGCACCAGAGCAAAGACGUUUCUGGGAAUUUUCAGUGUUAACAGGAACCCACACGACCCCAACAUAUUCAAGAGCGCCACCAUACAUGAGAUCCAGAGAGAGAUCAUUCAGCUGCUCAACAUGUCUUUGUCGGUCCUCCGGGGUUACAGCCGAUCAACGCUGAGUAAGAAAGAAGAGGACGGGGUUCGCAUCUUGGUGGUCAACAUGUUUUCCAUCUCCACUGACGUGACGUCUGCUGAGGUCAACAACAGCAUCCAGAUGUCUCUCAGGAACUGCAGCUCCUCGAUGUCCCACUGUCACAUGGUCCUGCACCACCAGCUUGCGUACCACGUGGAGAGUCUGUGUGUAGCUCAGAAGACUCAGUGUGAUACAGAGCGCUCCACCUGCACGGACAGCAACGGCACAGCCUACUGCCAGUGUCAUCAAGGAUACUACAAACACAACCCUGAAGACUUGUCCUGCCUAGAAUGCGGGGAUGGCUACAAGCUGGAAAAUGGCUCCUGCGUCCCGUGCAUGUUUGGUUUCGGAGGAUUCAAUUGCGGAAACUUUUAUAAGCUGAUCGCAGUUGUGGUGUCACCUGCAGGGGGCGGCCUGCUCCUCAUCCUCGUUAUCGCUCUCAUUGUCACCUGCUGCAAGAAAGACAAAAAUGACAUCAAUAAGAUCAUCUUCAAGAGCGGAGACAUGCAGAUGUCCCCCUAUGCGGACUUCCCGAAAAAUAACCGGAUAUCCAUGGAGUGGGGCAGGGAGACGAUUGAGAUGCAAGAAAACGGCAGCACGAAAAACCUGCUACAAAUGUCUGACAUCUACUACUCUCCUGCUCUGCGUAACUCUGACCUGGACAGAAAUGGCUUGUACCCGUUCACAGGACUGCCGGGCUCUCGCCAUUCCUGCAUCUACCCCGCCCAGUGGAACCCCUCUUUCAUCAGCGACGAUUCACGGAGAAGAGACUACUUCUAAGUGUCCCGCCGUGAACACACACCUUUCUUACCACCCAUUAGCAGGGUUUCUGUGGGUCCUUAAAGAAUCUAGUUGAGAAGUUAAUGUUACUUUUAUAAAGCUGCAUUAUCUUCAAUCUCACUUUAACAUUUUUUUUUGGGAAAAAAGAAAAUGUACUGAUCACACUGUAGAAAACAAACAAAAAAAAAACCCAAAAUGGAACCAAUAACCACUCACUCAAACUGUGCAGCCGAUCUGUCUUCAUCGGCUAGUGUGUUGGGAUGUGUUGAAACUGCUUCUGUAAGGAUUUUUGUCAUUUUCAUGCCACCACAGAAAACAACUAGCAAACAUCACCCACUCUGCACAAGGUUAAAGGACCAGUGUGUAGGAUGUGGUGGCAGAAUAUAACAUCAUUAUUGUGUCUUCACAGCAUAUAAUCCACUACAAAUAGCAACUGUCCACCAGAAAGGACCUAUGGAGGGGCUUGGUUGCAGCCUGCAGCCCCACCACUAGAUGUCACUAAAUGCUACACUCUGGUCCUUUAAAUCUUUGAAACUCUGACAUCUGCACAAGGUUUUGGUUCAUCAUCAUUUGGUUCAUCAGUUUAACUCAAAGUCGAAAUGCGCAAACAUACUUGUGAUGCGGCAUAGUGAUUUUCUGUCACGGUGGCAACGCUAAUGUGCGAGCUGCGCUAUUUUUCAGGGCUUCACGCUAAAUAUGCAAAAUGCAUAUGUGAGCGUGCACAUUAUGGAAGUACACAUUUUUGCAAGUAAAAUGUGCUCCUUUAUGACCAUUUCAGUGUUUUUGCAUGUUUUAGCUCAUUUAUUUCGGCUCAUCCGACACAUCGCUGCUGCAGUGUUUCAUUUAUUUUGCCUCUCAUUCACCCACUGAUUCUCUCCUGCUCCGCGCCACGUCUGCUUUUCCAGUUAUGUAUUUUGCUUCCUGGUAAUGGCAGUGCAGAUAUGUUUGAAAAAUAUAAAGUGCGCGAAUACACAAUGAUAACUUAAAAAACAAAACAAAAAAAAAAACUCUUGUUCACCUAGAAUGUGGGGAACGUGCAACCAUAACUUGCAAUGUGUAGCAAUAGACUAGAACAUGCGAAAACACUGAGGCUGGAGUGUGAAAAUAAAUAUGUGAGUGCCAAUGCUGUGAUUUGAAAAUAAUCAGUGUCUUCUCAGAUAAUAAGUCUGAGGAUAAAGCCUUGAUGGAGCAUGACUAAUACAAACCACUGAAGGAUGCACAAAGUUUGGUUUCAUGCUAAUACAAACUGAGGAGUCUAAUGUAGUCUAAUGUCAGCAUCUAUUUAUUCCCCCGUGUGUCCAAGCCGUUGACAUGUAGCAUAAUGUACAUCUCAUACAUACACACUGACGGACUUAAGAGGGAUAAACCUGUGGCUUUAAGUGUGUGUGUGUCUGCAUUUGCGUGUGUGCAGAGAGAAAGCGUGUGUGUCUCUUAAGUAUUGCAGUUUGUGAGGUGCGCGUGUGAGUAAUAAUUUUCUGUAUUCCAGAAGGAACAUAACUGUGGAUAAGUGUUUGAAUGUAAAGAUGUAUCAUAAUUAGCUCUUGCUGUCAUUGAUUAUUAUUUUUAUGUGUGUGUUUUCUUUCCUUUGUGUCCAUAUGAUCUGAUGAUUCUGGCGUUUUAGUCAGACGUGCCUAUUUAAAUAAAAGUAUUGCACAACA